UUCUGUGUUGUUCUGCCUGUAGGUCAAGAAAUCAAUGUCUCAGAUAGACAAACAAGUAUGCAUCCCACCGGAGCUGCCGGAAAUGCUGAAGCAGUUUACCAAAGCUGCCAUCUGGACCCAGCCUCAGGAUCUCAUGCAGUGGGCGGCGGAGUAUUUUGAGGCCAUGUCCCGUGGAGAGAUUCCUCCAGGGACAGAGCGAUCUCAGCAAGUUGCUUUAUCCAACUGGGCUGAGCUGACACCGGAACUGUUAAAGACCCUGCAUUCCCGAGUUGCUGGCAGACUGAUCAUCCAUGCAGAUGAACUGGCCCAGAUGUGGAAGGUGCUGAAUCUCCCAACAAAUCUGUUUAACAGUGUGAUGAAUGUGGGUCGCUUCACAGAGGAGAUUGAGUGGCUGAAGUUUUUAGCCCUUGCUUGUAGCUCCCUUGGAGUUACCAUUGCCAAAACUCUCAAGAUAGUGUGUGAAGUUUUAUCCUGUGAUCAUGAUGGAGGACCACCUCGGAUUCCUUUCAGCACCUUCCAAUUUCUCUACAAGUAUAUCGCUGAAGUAGAUGGAGAAAUCUCUUCAUCCCAUGUCAGCAGGAUGCUAAACUACAUUGAACAGGAAGUAAUUGGUCCUGAUGGUUUAAUCAAGGUGAAUGACUUUACCCAAAACCCCAGGGUUCGGCUGGAAUAAAAGCACAAUUUCGACAGGAAUGGUUACACUUCAGAAUGACUGAACUCCAUCCACCAUCUAAAGUCAAUUUUCUUGUACAACUGGUACAACUAAUAAACAAUUUGGCA